GGAAGUGAGGAGAGGUUUAUUAGGAGCUGUUACUUAUUGCAUCUUUAUUAGAGCAUGUCAGACCUGAAGGAGAUCAUAUGCUUCCUGUGAGAAACCGGUGGCUGGGCAGGCAGCCAUUCAGCUGCACCUCCAGCAUUCCAGCCUGACCCUCGUGCCUGCAUGAAUGUCACCAUUGUGCAGAUGGCAGCAGGACACGGAGCUUGAGGGACCCCAGCAUAAGUCAGCCCAUUCAGCUGCAGUACAGGACAGCUUUCCUGGGGGGAAGUGCGCAUGAGCAGCCAGGGCAGAUUUAAGGACUGCCUUCAGAACAGAUGUGAGACGCUGCACUGCCGUAGCAGCGGUCAUGCUGAAACAUUUGGAAUGAUUUUAAGUCGGCUGAAAGAUCACACUCCAGUGCCUCAGCUGCCUCCUUUGAGCCUAACCUGAUACUGCCAGGAUCUGAACACUCCAACUGCAGUAAUGAUUUGGCAACAAAUAUCGCAUUGGACAUGCCUUGUCAAAACCCUGAUUUUUGGUCUGCUUCUGCAGCCACUAAUGACACGGCCUUCCAUCAUCACGCAACCAAACUUUGUCCUGCUGAUGGCUGAUGAUGUUGGCAUAGGGGAUGUGGGUUGCUAUGGGAAUGAUACUAUCAGGACUCCGAACAUUGAUCGCCUGGCAAGGGAAGGGGUGAAGCUGACCCAACACAUCACUGCAGCUCCACUUUGCACCCCCAGCAGAGCAGCGUUCCUCACUGGCAGAUAUCCCAUUCGAUCAGGAAUGGAUGCUAUAAACAAUUAUCGUGUUAUUUUUUGGAAUGGCGGCUCAGGAGGGCUCCCUCCAAAUGAAACCACUUUUGCCAAAAUACUGCAGCAACAAGGCUACAGCACAGGACUAAUAGGGAAGUGGCAUCUAGGCGUUAACUGUGAACAGCGCAACGACCAUUGUCAUCUCCCUUUGAACCAUGGGUUUGAUUAUUUUUAUGGGAUGCCUUUUACGCUAGUAAGUGAUUGCCAAACAACAGAAGAACCAGAGAUGGAUAGAGCCUUCAGAAGGAAACUUUGGCUUUACACUCAGAUGAUUGCCCUUGCUACGUUCACCACUGCCCUAGGGAGACUCACCGGCUUGAUUUCAGUCCACUGGAAAACAGUGACCUGCCUUGCUCUGUUUAGUCUCCUUUUCUUUGUGUCCUGGUUCUCAAGUUAUGGAUUUGUAAGACAUUGGAACUGCAUUAUGAUGAGAAACCAUGAAGUCACUGAGCAGCCAAUGGUGACAGAGAGGACUACAUCUUUUAUCUUGAGAGAGUCCAUUUCAUUUAUUGAAAGAAAUAAGCACAAGCCAUUCCUCCUCUUUCUUUCCUUUUUACAUUCCCACACCCCUCUACUCACAACAGAAAAGUUUCUUGGGAAGAGUAGCCAUGGUUUAUAUGGAGACAAUGUAGAGGAGAUGGACUGGAUGGUGGGGCAGGUUCUAGAUGCUAUUGACAAGGAAGGUUUGAAAAAGAAUACACUAGUUUACUUUGCCUCUGAUCAUGGUGGAUGGCUGGAAAGACAAGAAGGCAAAAGGCAGCUGGGUGGUUGGAAUGGAAUAUACAGAGGUGGAAAAGCUAUGGGAGGCUGGGAAGGAGGAAUCCGUGUCCCAGGGAUAUUUAGAUGGCCAGGAGUGUUACCUGCAGGCACAGUGAUCAAUGAACCUACAAGCCUUAUGGACAUUUAUCCCACAGUAGUUCAUUUGGCUGGAGGGGUAGUACCCCAGGACAGAGUAAUUGAUGGCCGGGAUCUGAUGCCUUUACUGCAAGGAACAGUUGUGCACUCAGAGCACAAGUUCCUGUUUCAUUACUGUGGCACUCAUUUACAUGCUGUGCGAUGGCACCAGAAGGACAGUGGAGCAGUCUGGAAGGCUCAUUAUGUGACCCCAAACUUCCAUCCACUUGGGACUGGAGCUUGUUACGACAGAGGAUUUUGCCCAUGUUUUGGGGAAGGCGUGACCCAUCAUGACCCUCCACUGCUGUUUGACCUCUCGCGAGACCCUUCUGAGACCCAGCCUCUGUCAGCUGACACCGAGCCCCUCUUUGACACUGUAAUAGAGCGGAUUGGGAGAGCCGUUGAAGAGCACCGCAGGACGCUGACUCCAGUCCCGCAGCAGCUCUCCUUGUACAACGCCAUCUGGAAGCCGUGGCUGCAGCCCUGCUGUGGGACGUUCCCAUUCUGCUGGUGUGAUAAGGAAGGUGAUAAUAAACUUGCUGACCUACAAAGGAAAUAACCGAAGUUACCCAAGGUUUUAGAUCAUGAAUAUUUUCUCUGGAGGAUGUUUAUUAAUGGAUUGUUUGUUUCGGGUUUCUUUUGUUUGUGUUUGUUUUUGUUUUUAAUGGAGACUUUAUUUGAGAAUUGUUCCAGUAAAUGGCAUAGUAUUUGGUAAAGGUGACUUUAGACUGCACACUCUCAGGGAGGGAUAAGGGCAGUGUGAUCUGAAGAGCAUGUUUUAACUUGAAUCUGCUGAUGACUGAAUGAAUAAUUCAAUUACACUGAAAUGUAAUAACAUUCGAGUUCUACCGGUAAUUAUACAACUUAUCUUUUGUUUAUGAAUGUAUAUUUAGAAGUUUUGCUUUUUUUUUUUUCUUCUGAAUUUGUAAGUCAUUUAGGGAUUAAGGUUUCCUUUAUAUUUUAUAGUUAGUGGCAAUGCCAGAUAUCUCUGUAAUGUAUUUUUGCAGACUACUUUUCCUUGUACCUCCAAAAUAUUUCCAGAGUAUUUCCUCACACAAUCUCCUUUAAAAGUAGCUUUCUUCUUUGUAGCUAGUCCCUCCAACAGCAGUGAUAAUAGCAGCCAGUUAGCCUGGGGCUUCUUCAUGGGGAGUAACUACCUAGUUGAGACAUGAAGUUUGGAAAUACAUAAGCUGGAUCUGCCCGUGCUUUCAGAGAUGGACAGGCAUCUUCAGAUGGCAGUCACCUUCUUUUUAUGGACAACACAAAAAAGAAAAAAAUUUCCCUUUCCAAAACCCCAUUGCAACCAGCUUCCUAAUGUGGGAAUCGAAUGUUGAUUCUGUAUUAGAACAAGAUUAGAAUUUUCUUGAUUUCAUGGCCUUUGCUGCCAUUUGGGUCCUUUAUCAAAAUCUAGCUAGUAACAAUUUAUGUAUAGUUAGCAUGAAAAUAUAUGUUGUACUUUGUCACACACAUUGCAAGAAUAUCCUGCCCAAAUUAAAAGGACAAGUCAUGACAUGCCUUAGGGCCUGAAGAAGGUAUUGAGGAAGGCCUGGCACCUCUCCACCCCCCUACGGUGCUCUUUGUUUAACAAAGGAAGCGUCCUUCGGACACAAUGGAAGAAGCUUUGGAGAAAAUCACCGUACCAACGUGAUAAGAAGAGUACCGAGACAUCUUGGAAACAGCAGGAUGGCGACUGACUGGCACAAGAUAGAACAAGUGUCAGAAUGUAACUAACAAAUGUAAAUCUUUGAUAAGAUUGUGAACCUGGAGUACCCAGCCAAUGGGGAAACAGGGCAGUGGGUAGGCAAGGGGGGGAAACAAGGUACAAAAGCUGUCAUACUGUGUCCAUAGGUGCGCUCCUGUUUUACAGGACGCCCGCCAUUGCAAUUGCGAAUUAAAUCUGCUUUUAUCAGA